AUGAGUUCCGUCGAACAACUCGAAACACUGCGAAAUGCUGAAUUGUAUGACGACUGUAAAACAAUGGCAGAAUUCAUUUUAAUACUUGAUGAAAGCGGAAAAGAUUAUCUGGAUAACGAGCAACGUUUGACUGUUUAUCGAUGUCUAGCUGAUUCAACUUGGUUUUUACAUGAGUAUCAUCUAGCGGAAUCUUACUACAAAAAACUUUUGCAUAGUUACAAACAAAUCGAACGAACUGAUAAGAAUGCCAAUGAACCCGACUGGAUUGUAGAAAGUAAAUAUCGUCAACAUGCGUGUUUACUGAAAUUGAAUCGUUUAAAAGACGCGCUUGCCGCUCUUGAAUCGAUUGCAUUCCAUCAACGUUCAGCAAAAGUUCACUUAGCGCUUGGGCAAUGUUAUCAAAAAGUCGGCACGUCAACUCAAGAAGCCACUAGUGCCUAUCGAGAAUGUUUAAAACAAAAUCCCAAUGCACUAUCUGCGUAUAUCGCUUUGUUAUCUCUUGGAUGUAAAUUAAGCGAUCUUCUUCAUACACAUCCAUCAGCUGCAUCGAUUCACCAUGAAAAUCAAGCUCAACAACCAACACCGGUAACAGUUUCUCCGUUAGUACGUCAGCCAUGGUUUCGCACACUGCUCCAAGCAGAUGCCUGCUCAGCCAGCCGAGAUUUUUCCGAAGCAUCACGGCUCUACCAACAAAUCGAUGCUCAGUAUUUGCCUCAGUCUACCUAUGUGCUAUCACAAUUAGGUUAUACGCAAUAUUUAAAUGGAGAUUAUAGUCAAGCAUUACACAGUUUACAACGCGCACAACAAAUCGACCCUUUAUUAUUAAAACAUAUGGAUAUACUUGCAUUUCUUGUUUACAAUGAAUGCAAAGACAAUUCAUUGGAAAAAUUAGUCAAUCAUUUGAUGUCAUUGGGUGAUAAUAAUCCUGAAACAUGGAUUGCAAUGGGAUAUUACUGUUUAAAGAAAAAUCAUAAACCAUCGCGGACAGUCUAUCUUGCUCAAAAAGCCUUCGCGUUAGAUAAUACAAAGAUUCAAGCCUUACUGUUGAAAGGUUUAGCUUUGUACAAGUUAAAACGUUACUCAGAUUCGCUGAGUCAUUACAAAGAUGCAGUUCGAUUAGUGCCUUAUUGUUUCGAAGGAUAUAAAGGUGUAGUAGAUGGUUAUUUAGCAACAAAUCGAUUGAACGACGCGAAUAUGUUUAUAACCAAUGCUGUUCGUACAAAUCUCAAGGAAAAUGCACGAGCAUUUACAUUAUGUGGACAAGUUCUUGCAAAAGAAGCUUCAUCGUUGGAUAAAGCUCGAGUUUAUUUAGAAAAAGCGCUGGCUUUCAAUCCAAAAUACACAGAUGCAGUGAUCUCUCUUGUUGAUGUUUACGGACAGUUGAAACAACAACAAAAGAGUAUAGAAUUAUUGAAAGAGCAUGUUCAAAUGCAUAGUGACCCACGUAUACGGCAAUUGUUGAUAGAGAACUUGAUGAAAUCAGGUGGUAGUGAAGAAAUGUUACAGCAAGUUGUGCGUAAUUAUCCAACAACUCAUUUCGAACGGCUUGAACGUGAGAUGAAUGAUGAUUCCAGUUUAGACGGUGGACGAUUCGAUACUGGAGCCAUGGGUGAUCUCGAUCCAAUGUGUGAUGACGUUAUUGGUGAAAGCUUCAGUGAUGAAGAUCUAUAA